GAAAACUUCACCAAAGAGUGCUCUUAGCUGCUAACAGUUUCCUGUCCUCACCAAUUCUGUAAUAUCGGAGGCAACGGUCCUGACAGUUUCUUAAGAGCCAGCAGCAAUAAAUCUGUGUACUUGUGUGUGCAUGGAGUGUGGAGUGAGUAAAAAAAAAAAAAUAGGGAGAGGUGUUUUAUGCAGUGCUCCUGAUAUUUACAACUGGGUUAUAGGAGCCAGCCUGUGAGAAUUUCCUAACGUAAUAAGGUGGGUGAAGCAAUCAAAUGAUAAGGGGUUGAAGAGUGGCUUUCUGCAUCUAAAGUCUGGCAACUGAGUUGAAAAGAGAAGCCAGCCAAACAGGGCUAUCAGACGCUGAAGAGCGUCCCAGACCAUGGCUAACGUGCCUGCAUAAACAUUUUGCCUUCUUAACUGUUUUAUUCAUUUGCUUAUGUAAUGACCCUAAUUAUUUAGGCGUACCAAUUUCCUGAUAAACCUUUUCCUUUCAGCACGAGCAGUGAAUAUGAGUAGUGAAAGAAGUGACAGCAGCUGAAGGUACUGCAACCUCUUUCUUUGAAGGAGAUCCUGGCUAGAGGAUAUUUAAAGGGCCGAUUCUCUCUAACAGACCAAUAUUUGAAGAGAAGGUUUGUUUUCUGUUUGUUUGCAAGUUUGCAAGAGGAAGCACAGCCGCUGGUUAAGUCACUUUACAAAUCCAGGGAAAAAACAAGAGGACAGGUCAAUGACCAAGGAACGACGAGCUACUGAAGACGGAUUUUUUUCAUUAUGUUGUUCGUGAGCACCCAGAAUACUGCACUAUAAUGCACAAAUGGAUAUUGACAUGGAUCCUGCCAACUUUGUUCAACAGAUCGUAUCUUUACAUUAUCUUCCUGGUGGGCGCUCUAUCCUUAGCUUGCAAUGACAUGAACCCAGAGCAAAUGGCUACAAAUGUGAACUGUUCCUCCCCGGAGCGACAUACUAGAAGCUACGAUUAUAUGGAAGGGGGGAAUGUGAGAGUCAGAAGGCUGUUCUGCCGAACUCAGUGGUACGUCAAGAUUGACAAGAGGGGCAAAAUCAAAGGAGGACGAGAUCUUAACAACAACUACAGUGUUCUCGAAAUACGAACGGUGGCGGUUGGAAUAGUGGCAAUCAAAGGAGUCGCAAGUGAAUACUUUCUGGCUAUGAACAAGUCUGGGAAGCUUUAUGGAAAGAAAGUGUGCAAUGAAGACUGCAACUUCGUAGAACUCAUUCAAGAGAAUCACUAUAACACCUACGCUUCAGCAAACUGGACCCACAAAGGGAAAGAAAUGUACAUCGCAUUAAAGCAGAAUGGAGCCCCUAAAAGAGGCCAAAAAACAAGCAAAGAAGACACUUCCUCCCAUUUUCUUCCAUUUGCAGUAUCCUAAUCUUAUACGAACUAUGGACAACCAGUUCCAGCAAUAUAUAUAUAUGUAUAUAUCAAAUGAGAUAUACAUAUAUAUGUAUCAUUUGAAAAAGGGACUGUUUGAAAGGAAGACAAGCUGGAAUACUACUGAAAAACUGAACAAGCUGGACUUGAGCAUGAUGUUUUAUUUUAAAGAGACUGGCUUUAAAAAUAAAUAAAUAAAAUAAAUAAAUAAAUAAAUGAAAAUAUACACUACAGAUUUAGUAACUAAAAGUUGUAAAAAAUUGUAAAGAGUUGUACGAUCCUUACAUUAGCAUAAGAGUAGCUUUGCAGAUUCUUAAAUUAAAUGUACCCUUUGCGCCUUGUUCAUGACUUGAUUAUCUGAUGAUCUUUUAUUUAAAAUAAACCUAUCUGCUUCGUUAAACAUGGCUGCUAUAAUAAUAAUAAAGCAGAUGAAAAUGUUAUGUAAAAUAUGACGGACUUGAUGGCUGCUGGAUUAAGUCUUCAGAUGAUCAAGUCAGUACGAAUCGUGAAGGCUAAGCAGUAUUAAAUACUUCCCAGGAAAAAUAAAUAAAUAAAUAAAGGUAUUAAGUAUUAAAGCAAAUUGAAAUUGGAACACUGUGGUAUUCAGACAAUAAAGGUAAUAUGACAGAUGAAAGUUGCAUCACUGCAAUGUAUUCAUAUCUAUCAGUAAGAAUGCCUAAUGCUGCUCUGAAAGAUGUUACAAAAUAGUGUAAUAUUAAAUAAUAUUAAUAAGGGAAAUGUAUUUCAUCUCACUUUCCUCAAAAUAUCAUUUUAUGUAACGAUGAAGUAAA